AAAGCUAACUAUCAUACCAAGAGCAGCAUUGUUGGUUUAGAUACCUUCAGGCACUUUGUAUAACAAUUUGGUUUGUGUUAAAGUAUUUCCACAAAAAUGGAAGACAAAGCGAACUCUAACAGUACCGCAGUUGAGACUGCCGAGAAUCCAUCUACGCCAGCGAAGAAGUCGUCGAAAAGUAAGUCGAAAUCGCAACGUGAAAAGGCGUCUCAUCCGCCAACUUCGGAAAUGGUCAACGCUGCCAUUAAAGAGUUGAAGGAUCGUAAAGGAUCGUCUCUCCAAGCUAUCAAAAAAUACAUUGCCUCCACUUACAAAGUCGACGGAGAGAAAUUUGCUCCGUUCAUUAAGAGGUACUUGAAAUCUGCUGUGACAUCUGGAACUGUCGUCCAAACAAAAGGCAAAGGAGCGUCUGGAUCGUUCAAGUUGUCGACUGGAAAAAGUGAAACUUCUAAGACCAAGAAGGUUCCUCAUCCAGCCAAGAAGGCCGCACCAAAAAAGGUACAAUCUGUCGAGAAGAAGACCGUCUCGAAGAAAACUGCUCCUGCUAAGAAGCCGGCAUCGCCCAAAAAAGCUGCAGUUGAAAAGAAACCGGCACCAGCGAAGAAGAGUGCAUCCAAGGUAGCCGUUGCAAAACCAAAAGCUGCUAGCGAAGCCAAGAGCAUGUCGAAAGCUAAGAAGACCGCCAAAGCACCAGCGGCCAAGACUAAAACACCUAAACCUAAGAAAGCAGCUGCACCAAAAGCAGUUAAAUCCCCAGCAAAAAAAUAAUUAUUUUCAAACUACGUUGCCCUUCAAAUCCAAAUGGCCCUUUUCAGGGCCACUAAAUAUUUUUUACAAGGAACAAUCACCGUUCUCUAUCCAUUAGAAACAAAAUACCCAUAAAUUCAAAUCGAGGUUUUUAUCACAGUUAAAAACAAUUUUAUUUUGUUUAUUGGUUUAAAUACGAGAAAGAAGUACAUAACGGUAUAUGUUCAUUGAUAUAUAUUGAUUCUUGAAAACAUUGAAAUUUCGUAUACUUAGUAUUUCAUGAACUUCUAUAGACACAACUUAUAGACGUAACCAUAAGUUAUGUUUAGACCUUUGUCCAGAAGUACAAAAAAGGCAGUGAGUUUUAAACCAUUAUGUUUCCAACCAUGCUGUAUGAUUGGUCAAGGUACUAGGGAAUCUAACAGGGAAGCGCUGCUGCAUAACCUCUCUACCCUACGCUAUCGACCAAUUCCCGCCAAAACAGCAGACGUGGACACACCAUGUGCAUAUUAAGACAAAUACAAUCAACAUGGUGAACGAGUGAAAUGUAACUGCACUCUGAAGCGAUGCAUUAUCUUAUCUAGAUUAUGCUACAAAGAAUAGUAAAAGUGGACGUUUUAGAUUUAUACAAAUAUUUCAUUUGUAUAAUUUUAGUCUUUUUUCUGCAUUUCAAUGAGGCAAAUAUAAACGUAUUUUCCAAAAAUAAAGAUUUAUCAGUGACGUAUGUAGAUUCUGUCUCUAUUUUUUAGUUUUUAAUAUACAUUCGAUAAUAAAGUUGUAGAAGAUGAAAGCUAA